AUGCGUACCUCACUCCUUCUCUCAGUACUCCUCGGCGCUGGCGCCAUUGCUCAUCCUCACUACAAGCUGAACAACCCGCUUGCCCACCACCACCACAAGCGUCAAGACCCGAUCGUCGCCGUCGACUAUCUCAAGAACGCUCAAGGUCAAGUCACCGAAGUGGUAGACAUUGCAGAGGCUGUCGCUACCGUCUAUCAAGGAGGUGCCACUGCGCCGACUCCACCUGCCGCCGCCCAGCCCAAUGAAGCUGCUGCAGUGGUCCAUGUCAACGCAGAUUACCACGUUCCCGCGCAAGCCAAUUCUCAUCCGAAUGGCAAUGGGCAAGCCGCACCACAACAUGAACAGCCUAAAGAGGCCGAGAAGCCAAGCACCCCAGCACCAGCCCCGAAACCAGCUCCAGCACCCGCCCCAGCUCCAGCACCCGCCCCGAAACCAGCUCCAGCACCCGCCCCAGCUCCAGCACCCGCUGUAGUCAAAGCUGCCUCAUCACCAUCAUCAGGUGGGUCCGCAGCAACGAUUGGCGGCCAGAACGUCGUUGAGGUAGCAAAUAGAUGGCGUACGGGCCAGGGUCUUGGCAACUUUACCUGGGACGAUGGACUUGCAGGUGUGUCAGCGAAUACGAACACUGCGAACGGCGCCAAUGCAAUGACCCAUCACAACGUCCCCCCCUCACUGGGACAAGUCAUCGCCCAAGGUUCCAGCACUUUGACAGGGCCAUCUAGUCAAGGGGAACUAGGACCCAUGGAUUUGCUGUAUCUAGGCUGGAUUUGUGAGCUUAGCGACGAAAUCUCCGGCUUUCCUUGCUCGGACGCCACGGCUGCAACUCACAUGAACACCAAUGGCGAAACCAUUCACGCUCAAAUUCUGAUGAACCCGCAGUAUACCAAGCUUGGCUGUAACUUCAUGGACGCCACGGAUGCCGCAUCUCAGGUCUUUCCUGACGUUUACCAGGGCAUGUUGACUUGCGACGUGGCUUAA